AUGAAGUUCGUCUCGCGUUCCAUCGUCGAUCAGGAUAAGGAGUUAGAAAUCAACGACCAGCAGAAUGAACAGGAUGCAUCCAAACCACAACAAGAAUACGAUCCACGCACGCUAUUUGAACGAUUGCAAGAGCAACGAACGAUCAAAGAAGAACAGUUCCAGGAAGCUACACGAUUGAGCAACUUGAUCAAGCGGGUGGACGAUGAAGAAGCCGAGUACUUUGAGUCACUUUUGGAUGUUCAAGAGAAGCUUGCUCUGGAACAGCGACAAAAAGAGCAGGAUGAGAUUGCCGCCUAUCGCAAGGCUGUGGAACAAACACGCACGACAGCAGCACCCGAGUUACCGGUUGCCGUGACAACAACAUCAACGACAACAACAUCAGCCGCUGCUAAGAAACCACCACCCCAUCGACGCUCCUCCGCUGGUAGUUCCAAAAAGGCAGCAUUGGAUGGAUUGGUGAUUGUCAAAAAGAAACGAAGUGCAGAGGAAAGCGAGGAUGUAGAGGAAGAUACGCAUACGACCAAAAAGGCAAAAACAACGGGUAAGAGCACAACCGAGAAACGAGAUGACAACAACAGCAACAACACUACAGCAGCUAGUACGAGCAAGCCAACGUCUUCAGUCAAUACCCUAUCUUCCCUUAUGGCGGCAUAUAGUAGUGAUAGUAGUGAUGAUGAGGAAUAA